GCGUGCGCCCGCCGCGGAGCCGCGAGGUGUAAUUGCUGCCGACAGAGAGCGUUGGGGGUUGGGCGCAGAGGUAGCCGCGUAUAAAUAGUGAGAUCUCAAAUUGAAAGGCAUAAAUAACAGCAGGAGGGACCUGCCUUCACACGGACGGUCCUCUCCGCGCGCGGGAGGCGUGCGGACCACAGCCCGGCUCCUCGCCAGCCCCGCGGACCCCCGCGGCCCCCCCCCCCCGUUCCCACCCCCACACCCCCAGGCAGCCAUGGAAGAACUCACGGCUUUUGUAUCCAAAUCUUUUGACCAGAAAAGCAAAGACGGCGGCGGCGGCGGCGGCGGCGGCGGCGGCAAGAAAGAGUCCAUCACGUACAGGGAAGUUUUGGAGAGCGGACUGGCGCGCUCGCGGGAGCUGGGGGUCUCGGAGUCCAACCUCCAGGACAUAACGGAGGCCGGCGGCCCCUGCCCGCUGCAUCUCUUUAAGGACCACGUGGACACCGACAAGGACAAACUCAAAGAGUUCGGUUCGGGGAGGGCGGCGGAAGGUCUCUACGACUGCAAGGACAAGCGCGACGACGUGAAGUCGGAGGACGAGGACGGGCAGACGAAGCUGAAGCAGCGGCGCAGCCGCACCAACUUCACGCUGGAGCAGCUCAACGAGCUGGAACGGCUCUUCGACGAGACGCACUACCCCGACGCCUUCAUGCGCGAGGAGCUCAGCCAGCGCCUCGGGCUCUCCGAGGCGCGCGUGCAGGUGUGGUUCCAGAACCGGAGAGCCAAAUGCCGCAAGCAGGAGAACCAAAUGCACAAAGGCGUGAUCCUGGGCACGGCCAGCCACUUGGACGCCUGCAGGGUGGCCCCCUACGUGAACAUGGGCGCACUGAGGAUGCCUUUCCAACAGGUCCAGGCGCAGCUGCAGCUGGAAGGCGUGGCGCACGCGCACCCGCACCUCCACCCGCAUCUGGCGGCGCACGCGCCCUACUUGAUGUUCCCGCCGCCGCCCUUCGGGCUGCCCAUCGCCUCGCUGGCCGAGUCGGCCUCGGCCGCCGCCGUCGUGGCCGCCGCGGCGAAGAGCAACAGCAAAAACUCCAGUAUCGCCGACCUGCGGCUGAAGGCACGCAAGCACGCGGAGGCCCUGGGGCUCUGACCCGCCGGCCCGCCGGCCCCGCGCGCGCCCCGGGCCCCGCCACCCCGUGCGUCCGUCCGUCCAUCCGUCCGCGGCGACCUGCACUCGACCCCUCCGCUCCCCGCACCGCCCCCCACCCUCCGCCUCGACGGGCAGCACGGACAC